GGCUCCAACGAGGGCGUUUUUCUUUUGAACGUAACACCUUCUCAUCUCUUCUCCUCAAACAGCACCUGAGAGCAGGGGCAUUCCGGAGAAGCAGUACACGGUGGGAACUUCUCUCAAGAGGCUGACUCUCUUUUUACAAGUCCAAGGCUGGCCCCUCACCAGGCGACAUGAAGGGGUGUGUGCUCCUAGUGCUCUUGGCUUUGUGCUCCGCCAAGCCCUUAUUUCACCCUUCAUAUGUGACACUGAAGAACAUGAUGCUGAAGGACAUGGAAGACGAAGGGGACAGUGACCUUGAUGCGGACAACUCUCUUUUUCCAACAAGAGAGCCAAUUAACCCCUUCUUCCCGUUCGAUCUGUUCCCAACGUGUCCAUUUGGAUGCCAGUGCUACUCGAGAGUUGUACACUGCUCUGAUCUAGGUUUGUCCUCCGUCCCAAGCAACAUUCCAUUUGAUACUCAGAUGGUUGACCUUCAAAACAAUAAAAUUAAGGAAAUCAAAGAAAAUGAUUUUAAAGGACUCACCUCACUUUAUGCUUUGAUUCUGAACAACAAUAAGCUAACAAAGAUCCACCCAAAAGCCUUUCUAACUACAAAGAAGUUGAGAAGGCUGUACCUGUCCCACAAUCAACUAAGCGAAAUACCAUUUAAUCUUCCCAAAUCGCUAGCAGAACUCAGAAUUCAUGAUAAUAAAGUUAAGAAAAUACAAAAGGAGACAUUCAAAGGAAUGAAUACUUUACAUGUUCUAGAAAUGAGUGCAAACCCUCUCGAUAAUAAUGGGAUUGAACCGGGGGCAUUUGAAGGAGUGACAGUAUUCCAUAUCAGAAUCGCAGAAGCAAAACUGACCUCAAUUCCUAAAGAACUUCCAUCAACUUUACUGGAGCUUCAUUUAGACUAUAAUAAAAUUUCAACCGUGGAACUCGAGGAUUUUAAACGAUACAAAGACCUGCAAAGGCUGGGCCUAGGAAACAACAGAAUCACUGACAUUGAAAACGGAAGUCUUGCUAACAUACCACGAGUGAGAGAAAUACACUUGGAAAACAACAAACUAAAAAAAAUCCCUUCAGGAUUACAGGAGUUGAAAUAUCUCCAGAUAAUCUUUCUUCACUCUAAUUCAAUUACAAAAGUGGGAGUGAAUGACUUCUGCCCAACAGUACCGAAGAUGAAGAAAUCUUUAUACAGUGCGAUAAGUCUGUUCAACAACCCAGUGAGGUACUGGGAAGUGCAGCCCGCGGCUUUUCGCUGUGUUGUAGGCAGAAUGAGCGUGCAGCUCGGGAACUUCAGAAAGUAGUAAUUAGUAAUAUCCAUUUAAUAUAAAAUUUAGAAAUUAAUACAUUUGGAAUACUUGAACUCUGUUAAAAAUGGUGGUAUUAUGCAAAUCAGCAAAAACCUAUUCCUACAUGGUAAGUCCCCUGACUUACUUUAUGACAAAAAAUUUCAACAGAAUUUUGCAAAACUAUUGCUCCAUGAGGAUCAAGAAAAACAAGCACGUACUGCAGUUUCCUUCUGUACACAAAUGAUUCUGCAUAAAUCUCAUGCUUGAACAUUCUUUUCUCAGUAACAAAAAAAUAAUACAAUCAGUAUUUAACACUUUGUUAUCAAGUGCAUUUUAAAAAGAACUGUACUGUAAAUGGAAUGCUUGACUUAGCAAAAUCUGUGCUCUUUCGUUUGCUGUUAGCAAACCAAAAUUGACAAGAAUGGCUUCAUGGAGAGCACAUUAUACUAUUCUUAAACUUUCUUUAAUAACUUGGGUGGUACUGUAAUGUUUCUAUUAAUGCUGAAGUAUGGUUUUAUAUAAUCUUAUUCAAAUUCCCAUAUUUUAGAGGCUUACUGUCUAUAUGUUUAAACUAACUCCUUAUAAUAAAGCCUUCAGUGUUUAUUAUCAA